GGCGUCGCGUGUUGCGUCCUUUCCCGGGGCGGGAACAGCAAAAUGGCGCCAGAGGCGGUGGCGGGCUGAGGACGCUGGCUCCCCUCGAAGACCGCCCUGCGCCCCGCGGGCCGCCGCGGCCCCCCCGGACAUGGAGGACGUGGAGGCGCGCUUCGCCCACCUGCUGCAGCCCAUCCGCGACCUCACCAAGAACUGGGAGGUGGACGUGGCGGCCCAGCUGGGCGAGUAUCUGGAGGAGUUGGACCAGAUCUGCAUUUCCUUUGAUGAAGGGAAAACAACAAUGAACUUCAUGGAGGCAGCACUGUUGAUCCAGGGUUCUGCUUGUGUCUACAGUAAGAAGGUGGAGUACCUCUACUCGCUGGUCUACCAGGCUCUGGAUUUCAUCUCCGGCAAGAAGCGGGCCAAGCAGCUCUCCUCGGUGCGGGAACACGGGGCCGAUGGGGACACCAGCUCCAUGGCUCCCCAGGAGGGAGAGGACCAGUUCCUGUCACUGGAUGACCUCCCUGACGCCCGCACUAACGUGGAUCUGAGGAGUGACCUGGCCCCCCGUGAGAUCCUCAUCAUCCCUCUCCUGCCCAUGGCCCUUGUGGCGCCUGAUGAGGUGGAGAAGAAUGUCAGCCCCCUGUACAGCUGUCAGGGGGAAGUCCUGGCCAGCCGGAAGGAUUUCCGGAUGAAUACCUGCACCGCUCACCCCAGAGGAGCCUUCAUGUUGGAGCUGGUGGGCAUACCCCCCACGGAGACGCUGCUGCCGAGGAACCAGGAGGAAGCUAAGAGGGCUGAGGAGCAGCCAAUGGAAGUCUCUGCGUGCUGCCCAAUCCCCGUGCUCAGCAUCUCCCCGGAGCCAGGUACCUCGCCAGAGGAUCCGCUGCCUGCAGGUGGUGGUGAGGAUGAGGAUGAAGAGGGGGCAGCAGAGCUCCCUGAGGCCAUGGCCCCCGAGGUCCCCCAGGAGCCCCGGAGCCCACAGCAGAGUGCUGCCCAGCCCAGUGGGUGGGUGCUGCGGGAGCGACGGGAGCCAGCAUCCCUGAAGGAGACUCCAGACCCCUGGCAGAGCCUGGAUCCCUUUGACUCCCUGGACUCUAAGCCCUUCAAGAAAGGUAGGCCUUACUCCGUGCCCCCCCGUGUGGAGGAGGUUCCAGGACAGAAACGCAAGAGGAAGGGUGCCACCAAGCUGCAGGACUUUCACCAGUGGUACCUGGCUGCCUACGCUGACCAUGCCGACAGCAGGAGGCCCCGGCGGAAGGGCCCGUCUUUUGCAGACAUGGAGGUCCUGUACUGGAAGCAUGUGAGGGAGCAGCUGGAGACUCUCCGGCGGCUGCAGAGGAGGGAGUUGGGUGAGCGGUGGCUGCCGAGGCCUGACGAGGGGCUAUGGCCUGAGGACGACGACAACCUGGAGGAUUCCCUGGAGGAUCUGAGGACAGCAGCAGAUGACUUUCUAGAGCCUGAGGAGUAUGCAGAGCCUCCUGAGGCUCAGCCCGGGGCCGCUGCAGACCUGGAAGCAGAGGCCAUGUCAGCAUCCCUGAGCUACGAGGAGCUGGUCCGAAGGAAUGUGGAGCUCUUCAUUGCCACUUCUCAGAAGUUCGUCCAGGAGACCGAGCUGAGCCAGCGCAUCAGGGAGUGGGAAGACACCAUCCAGCCCCUGCUGCAGGAGCAGGAACAGCACGUGCCCUUUGACAUCCAUACCUAUGGGGACCAGGUGGUCUCAAGGUUCAGCCAGCUCAACCAGUGGUGUCCCUUCGCGGAGCUAGUGGCUGGGCAGCCUGCCUUUGAGGUGUGCCGCUCCAUGCUGGCCUCCCUGCAGCUGGCCAACGACUACACGGUGGAGAUAACCCAGCAGCCGGGGCUGGAGGCGGCCGUGGACACCAUGUCCCUGAGACUGCUCACGCAUCAGCGGGCCCACAAGCGCUUCCAGACCUACACUGCCCCCUCCAUGGCCCAGCCCUGAGUGGGGAGCACUGAGGCUGGGAGUGGGCUCUGGAGCUCCCCCAGGGGUGCCGGGCACCCAUCUGCCCGCUCCACCCUGUUUCCUGGCUGGCUCAGCCCAAUAAAACGGUGUUACCACCCACCUAA